AUCUUUUAUUUACAGUUCGUGAAUUUACAAUAAUUGUUAGAAAUCAAAAUGAAAUACUCAGUAGUGUUUGUUUUUGUAGCAUUAGCUACCAUUGUUUACGCAUUGCCAAAACCUGAUACGUAUUCAACAAAAUACGAUAAUAUCGAUCUUGAUUCAAUUUUAAACAAUGAUCGUUUAUUGGAGAAUUAUAUUGCAUGUAUUGAAGGAUCUGGAAAAUGUACAGCGGAAGGUGAAGAAUUAAAAAAAAAUUUUAAAGAUGGACUAGAAACUUGCUGUUCUAAAUGUUCAGAAAAACAAAAGGAAGGAGCCGAAAAAGUUAUUAAACAUUUUGAAACGAAGAGAGCAGAUAAAUUGAAGGAAUUGAAAGCAAAAUAUGAUCCAAGUGGAGAAUAUGAAAAGAAAUGUAAACAAUAAAUUGAUUAAAAAAUAUAUAUAGACAAUUA